AUGAAUGAGCUCUUCCACGAUGAAAUAGGAGCUAUAGACGCAAUAUAUCCCGACUACAUGACCAAGAUAUCCCCUUGGAUCUAUGAGUUCCAGAUACCCCAGCAUGAACAUGUCAAGGUUAGAAUGUUGUUUCCAGCCACCUACCCGGAUGCUGCUCCACAGAUAAAAAAUGUUUCUGUGGAUGGUUACACCAGCAUAGAUUUUGAGAAAGCGUGCAGGGAGACAUUGAAGUCGGUCUAUAACGAAGGGGAUGUGUGUAUCUUCGACUUCUUCACGGACCUAGAUCCAAUCCUUUACGAUUUGGAAGAGACAGAUGCUAGGUCCAAGCCCAAAUCUGAAGAAGUGGAGGAUCUUACACACGAUUUGGAUUCUCUAGGAAUAGGGUCUGAGACAGAGCUGGACGAUAUACCCGAGGAUAUUCCAGAGCAAACAGUUUUUCAAUACGAUGAAAUUUACGUCUACAACCCAGACGACUGGAAGUGGGACAGUAAGAAGAAUGAGGAUCAUCACGAAAAGCAUGAAAAGUCAAACAAAGAAACUCAUUCUGCAGGUUGGGUCAUUUCCGAGCCUAUUGUGGACCGGAAGUCGACGUUCAUUGCAUUUACUCAUCCAGUCAAUUCGGACGACGAUGUGACCAAAUACUUCAAUGAGCUAACUCAGGAUAAGAAAAUCGCCCGCGCUAAUCAUCUUAUGCGUGCAUGGAGGAUUAAAUUAGACAAUGGUGCUAUUAUACAUGAUUAUGAUGACGAUGGUGAGACGGCAGCUGGUAGCCGACUGUUGAAUCUGUUAACGGUGAGUAUCGGUUUGUGCAUGAAGACGCAAGGGUUUGGAGUCUCAUCAUGUUUGUUUCUGGGUUCUUUCCGUGAGUUACUAACUAUCUCCCAGAUCAUGGAUGUCUGGAAUGUAAUGGUUGUAGUAGGCAGAUGGUUCGGAGGGCUUCAUAUCGGACCUGAUAGGUUCAGACAUAUCAACUCUAGUGCAAGAGAAGCGAUUGUGAAGGCUGGAUAUUUGGAUGAUAGAACUCCGAAAAAGACAAAGAGCCGAAAGAAAUGA